GAGAAUUGUACAAAAUUAAACAUUUUUCUAUCAACUCUCAUUAUGUUGCCUGCAGCGCGUACCUUUGGCGAGUUCAUACGCAUACCAAUCAGGUUUUAUCAAACAAUCGGAGAAGAUCUCUACGAACAUCGCUCUCCACACCGCAUACGUCGUCUUAUACUGAAAGCCUUGCUCUAUAUCGGUUUCCUAAACUUCAAUGUACUUGUUUUGGGUGAGAUUAUCUACUUCGUCAAAGCCUUAAACUCCUUCGCUACGGUUUUGGAAGCAACUGGUGUGGCGCCUUGCAUUGGGUUCUCUUUUGUGGCGGAUUUUAAGCAAAUCGCCCUGACCGUGCAUCGUCAAACUCUACGCGAACAUUUGGAUCAAAUGGAAGAGUUAUUUCCAAAAACUGUACGACAGCAGGCGCAGUACAAGCUGCCGCAGCGUGAACGUGUUAUGCGUCGUGUAAUGGGUGUUUUCACACUACUUUGUCUAGCAUACACUACCACAUUCAGCGUUUAUCCGGCACUCAAGGCUACUGUACAAUAUUGGCUGUUGGGUGCGCCGACGUUUGAGCGUAAUUUUGGCUUUGCCAUAUGGUAUCCAUAUAAUGCCACAGGAAAGACUUGGGUCUAUUGGCUCACGUAUAUGGGUCAAGUGCAUGGCGCUUAUUUGGCUGGUGUGGCCUUUCUCUCAGCCGAUUUGAUAUUGGUUGCUUCAGUGACACAGCUUUGUAUGCAUUUCGAUUACAUAUCACGUUGUUUGGAGGAUUUCGCUGGCGCAUCGAAGAAGUGUGCCGAAGAGGAUAUCAAGUAUUUGCAAGCAUUAGUCGUGAGGCAUGCCAAGUGUUUAGAGUUGAGCGAACAUGUCAACAGCAUUUUCAGUUUCUCUUUACUGCUCAAUUUUCUGACUGCUUCGUUGACCAUCUGUUUUAUUGGAUUUCAAGUCACUGCUUCAUCUACAGAAGACAUUGUGAAAUAUAUUAUUUUUCUAACUGCCUCCUUGGUGCAAGUAUUUGUGGUCUGCUACUAUGGUGAUGAGCUGAUGACAGCGAGUCUACGCGUUGGGGAUGCGGCUUAUAAUCAAAAUUGGUUCGAAUGUGAUACACGAUAUAAACGGCUAUUGAUCAUACUGAUAUUACGCAGUCAAAAACCGGCCUCGAUUCGUGCCCCCACAUUUCCACCAAUUUCAUUUAACACUUACAUGAAGGUUAUCAGCAUGUCCUAUCAGUUUUUCGCUUUGUUGCGCACCACCUACAGUGACAAAGGAAAUUAA